AUUUAGCUUCUGGUCAAUUAAUUGAUCAACAGAGAUUGCAAGGCUAGGAAAUGUUUGUAUUGCCGCUGUACAAUCAUACGACAAUGCAUCAGAAAGCAUUGAGGCCCUCAAUACUGCCGAGCUGAAGUUAAAUGAUAUACUCAAUUCGCCGACUUUAGAUGCUGCCUGCAGGAAGAUUGACAAUCUAGCCGAGAAAAAAGAACUUGAUUCUGCUUUGACGCUGAUGCUUACCAAAGCGUGGUCAGCUGCAAAAGAAUCAAACUUGAUGAAAGAUGAGGCAAAGGAUAUACUUUAUCAUCUAUACAAGACUGCUGCUGGUAAUCUUCAGAGAUUGAUGCCGAAGGAAGUCAGGAUACUCAAAUAUCUCCUCACAAUCGAGGAUCCUGAACAACGACUAUCUGCACUCCGGGAUGCAUUUACACCUGGGGAUGAAUUGGAAGGAGAGAAUGUUGAUUGUUUGUUCACAACUCCAGAGGUAUUGUACAGUUUGAUUAACACAGUGGUGGAUGCCUAUCUAUUCAGCAGGGAAGGUACACUAGUGAAGGAAGCAAGGGACUUGAUGAACCCAAAGAUCAUUCAGAGGCUGGAGCAGUUGAAGAAAGAAGUCCAAGAUAAGUUUCUAUAGUUCCCUAACACAUUGUCAGUGUCGUUGCAUUAGAACUUGUAGGAAUAUGCCAUGUUAUAUGAUAAUGUUCAAUUUCACCCAAGAAGGCAAUACAAAGACUUCCAAACA